CACGGCGGCGGCGGCGGCGGCGGCGGCGGCCGGGCGGCGGCGAUGCUGUGGCCGCGGCUGGCGGCGGCUGAGUGGGUGCCACUGGUUUGGGAGCUGCUGGGCGCCUCGGUGCUGCUCAUCGCGGUGCGCUGGCUGGUGCGGCGGCUGGAGAAGCGGCCGCGAGGCCUGGGCCGGAGCGGGCCUCCAGCCCCGCCGCCCGGCGCGCCCACGAACUCGGCCUUAGACCCAGGUGAAAUGACAAUGGAUGCCAUCUUGGCGCGACUGAAACUCCUGAAUCCCGAUGACCUUAGAGAAGAAAUUGUGAAAGCUGGAUUGAAAUGUGGACCCAUUACAUCAACCACAAGGUUCAUUUUUGAGAAAAAAUUGGCUCAGGCUUUAUUAGAGCAUGGAAGAACACUGCCUUCACAUCCUCCUGGCCUCGACACCUCAGGUGCCACUUCUCUAAGCCAAGAUGCACAAAGGAUUUUGAAGUCUGCUGUAGGGAGCCAGGCUGAGCAGGUCAGCUUGUCUGAAGACAGAGAUUUUGGUUAUAGCAUGGGCUUGAAUCCUCCAGAGGAAGAUGUCGUGACAUCUAAGACCUGCUCCAUGACCUUCAGUGCCGUCACUGGGGUCAAUGGCCACAAAGCCAUAGCGAGGGCAUCUACGGAGCCGCCUCUGUACUAUGGGGUGUGCCCGGCAUACGAGGACACCCCAGCGAGAAAUGAAAGGAUUCACGUUUAUGAAGAUAGAAAGGAAGCAUUACAAGCUGUCAGAAUGAUCAAAGGAUCUCGAUUUAAAGCUUUUUCAAGUAGAGAAGAUGCUGAGAAAUUUGCUAGAGGAGUUUGUGAUUAUUUCCCUUCUCCAGGCAAAGCCUCUUCACCACUUUCUCCUGUGAAAAUAGCACCAUUCUUUAGCAGUGGUGGACUGAAAGAUGGUUUGUACUCCUCUGAGUCAGAAACUAUAAACAGAGAACGAGCAAACAGUUAUAAAACCCCCCGUACUCAAGAUCUCACUGCCAAACUUCGAAAAGCUGUGGAGAAGGGAGAAGAAGACAUUUUUUCUGAUCUCACCUGGAGUAACCCCCGGUAUCUGAUUGGUUCAGGUGACAAUCCAACCAUCGUGCAGGAAGGAUGUAGGUACAACGUUAUGCAUGUUGCUGCCAAAGAGAACCAAGCUUCGAUCUGCCAGCUGACUCUGGAGACUCUGGAAAACCCCGAGUUUAUGCGGCUCAUGUACCCAGACGAUGACCCGAACAUGCUGCAACAGCGCAUUUGUUACAUCGUGGACCUGUACCUGAACACUCCUGACAAAGCGGGCUAUGACACACCGUUGCACUUUGCUUGUAAGUUUGGGAAUGCAGAUGUGGUCAACGUGCUUUCUUCACACCCUUUGAUUGUAAAAAAUCCAAGGAAUAAAUAUGAUAAAACUCCUGAAGAUGUCAUUUGUGAAAGAAGCAGAAAUAAGUCUAUGGAACUGAAGGAGCGGAUUAGAGAGUACUUAAAGGGCCACUACUACGUGCCACUCUUGAGAGCCGAGGACACAUCGUCUCCAGUGAUUGGGGAGUUGUGGUCUUCAGACCAGACAACCAAGACCUCUCACAUCGGCCAUGGUGGAGGCGGCCCCGGAGACCCUGUUCUGACCUUGCGAGCCUUUGCAGGGCCCCUGAGCCCAUCCAAGGCAGAAGAUUUUCGCAGACUCUGGAAAACGCCACCUCGAGAGAAAGCAGGCUUCUUUCACAAUGUCAGGAAGAUGGAUCCAGAAAGAGGCAUCGAGAGGGUGGGAAGGGAGCUGGCUCAUGAGCUGGGGUACCCCUGGGUCGAAUACUGGGACUUUCUGGGCUGUUUUGUUGAUCUGUCUUCCCAGGAGGGUCUGCAAAAACUAGAAGAAUAUCUCACUCACCAGGAAGCAGGCAAAAAGGCCCAACAGGACUCAGGAGCAAAUGAGGCCUAUCGUCAGGAGAGCCCCUCUGCCUUUGGCCGUGCCCAGAAGUGCAGCAAUUCCAUCUCUGUGAGGGCGUUUCUGGAUGAAGACGAUGACUUGAGCUUGGAAGAGAUUAAAAAUCGACAGAACACGGCUAGAAACAACACCCAGCCCACAGUUAGCGCUUUUGGGGACUCGAAGUGUGACAUCCUUCCCUUGGAGCAGGAGACCAACCUUAUAGAAGCCUCCACCCUGACCAGUCCCCACAGCAGCAAGAAUGGGUUCUGUAGCCCCCUGAGCGGCAGCAGGACCCUGGGCAGGAAGAGGCCAGAGGCCCCCAGCGCAGGGGAGGCUCUCAUCUCACCGGUCUCAGGCUUAAUGGUCAAGUUGGAUAAAUUGAAUUUGCAAGAUCUAGAAAGUAAUUUUUCUAAGACACCAAGUAAAACUAUGAAAACUAGAGAAAAGAAGAGCUUGACAUCAAGAGUGGAUGCAGUCGAGAGUGACUUGUUAGAGCCGCCUGCUGCUGACACACUUAGAAACAACCAAACCAGGACAGAAAGCGAAAUGUCAGCCAAAAUGGCAAAGAUACGUCUGGGUCCCGACACUCCUGUGCACGAGGCUCAGCAGAACUGUGGUUCCGUGUCCUCAGAGCCCUCAGGGAUCCCCGCUACGAAGGAGCCUGUCCAGAGGCUCUUCCUUUUUGGAGAGGAGCCGUCAAAACUGGACCGAGAUGUUUUGGCAGCUCUGGAGUGUACAGACGUGGACCCUCAGCAGUACCCAGCUGUCCACAGAUGGAAGAGUGCCAUCCUGUGCUACUCCCCCUCUGACAGACAGAGUUGGCCAAGUCCUGCGCUGAAAGGGAAGCUGGAGUCUCAGCAGCUGGAUCUUGGUUGCCCCCACAGCUGCAGCCCGGGGAGAAGCCCUGGGAAGCCUGGGCCUGCACCCCACUCCCCGGGCCUGGGCAGCCCUGGGCGCUAUAGCCCCGCAAAUGGGAGCCACCUCCGCAGAAUGGCGCGCCUGGCCCAGCUCACAGCCUUGUAGAGCUGGCGCAAGCUGCUGGGCGUCCCAUUGUCUUUGUUUUUAAAGGAAGAAGGGUAAUGUGUUUAAUGCUAAAAUUUACCAAAAAGAAUAUAUUCUGAUUAAUUUAUUAGUCCUCAUUUUGAGAG